AUGUCUGACGCCGCCGUUGUUGAAGCCACCGCCUCCCCAGUUGCCGCUGUUGAGAAAAAGGCACCAAAAAAAGCCGCUGCCAAAGCAAAGAAGCCAUCAGCUGCCCCUACCCACCCUCCAACCCAGCAAAUGGUUGAUGCCGCAAUCAAGACCCUGAAGGAACGUGGAGGUUCAUCAUUGCCCAAAAAUUGGCCCCCUUCAUCAAGAAGAACCCAAAGCCAAGACUGCCGAAAAGAAGAAAGCCAAGCCAAGAAACCCGGUACAGUUAAAGCUAAACCAGCAAAGACCGCCGCCAAAGCAUCUGCCACUAAACCAAAGGCACCCAAGGCAAAAACUGCAGCUGCUAAGCCCAAAAAGGCUGCAGCAGCAAAGAAGCCAGAUGCUAAGAAAGCCGCCGCCAAGAAGUAA